CGACGCACAAUGGCCGGCCAGUUAGGAAUCCAGCCGUCGCUUGAGACUGUCCAGCAUCUUCUUGACGAUGUUUCGAAACUGCCCAACCCACCAAACCUUGUCCCUCUGCUCGCAACAAUCUCUGCCGAAUUCUUGACGCCGUCGUCGAUAUACUUGAAGAUCUCCAAAAACUCUGAGCUGUCUUUCUUGUUUGAAAGUGCGGCGACAACAGAGACAAUUGGACGAUAUAGCUUUGCUGGCGCAAAUCCGCGCGCAGUGCUCAAGACAGGCCCUGGUCAUGGUCCAGAAGCAGAUCCAAUGCCAUUGCUGGCAGAAGAGUUAUCAAAGAGCAGGGUCGCGUCUGUGCCUGAACUGGACCUCCCUCCGCUGACAGGAGGUGCGAUCGGGUAUGUAGGAUAUGAUUGCGUCAAAUAUUUCGAGCCGAAGACGAAGAGACCGAUGAAGGACAUGUUGAAAGUCCCAGAGAGUUUGUUCAUGCUCUUCGAUACGGUGGUAGCAUUCGACCACUUUUUCCAGGUGGUCAAGGUCAUCACCUACAUUCAAGUACCGCAAGAUACAAGUCAGUUGGAUGAAGCAUAUCAGGAAGCCAAGGCAACGCUCCUUCGUACAGUGAGAACAGUACAGAAACUGGACAUUCCUGUGCCGAAGCAGACACCCAUCCAGACCGGGCAAGAAUAUACGUCAAAUAUCGGGCAGGCAGGCUACGAAGGCCAUGUGCACAAACUCAAGGAGCACAUCUGCAAGGGCGACAUCAUCCAGGCUGUACCUUCACAGCGGUUUGCACGACCAACGUCACUGCACCCAUUCAACAUCUAUCGGCACCUGCGGAAUGUCAAUCCGUCACCGUACCUGUUCUACUUGGAGUGUGUGGAUUUCCAGAUCGUGGGCGCUAGUCCGGAAUUGCUGGUCAAGGCUGAAAACGGAAGGAUCAUCACACAUCCUAUAGCGGGAACGGUGAAGCGCGGCAAAACAAGGGAAGAGGACGAAGCGUUGGCAGAGGAGCUCAGUAGUUCAUUGAAGGACCGAGCGGAGCAUGUCAUGCUUGUCGAUCUUGCGCGGAACGACGUCAAUCGAGUCUGCGACCCGCUGUCAACACGGGUAGACCGAUUGAUGGUUGUGCAAAGAUUUUCGCAUGUGCAGCACCUCGUAUCGGAGGUGUCUGGCAUACUGCGAGCGGACAAGACACGGUUCGACGCAUUCAGAUCCAUCUUCCCGGCAGGCACCGUGAGCGGUGCACCAAAAGUUCGUGCAAUGCAACUGAUUGCAGAGCUGGAGGGCGAGAAGCGCGGCGUGUACGCAGGCGCGGUAGGAUACUUUGGAUACAACAGGAUUGAGGCAGAUGGAGCGGAGGUAGAAGGGGCCAUGGACACGUGCAUUGCGUUGCGGACGAUGGUGAUCAAGCAGGGCGUAGCGUAUCUACAGGCGGGCGGCGGGAUCGUGUUUGACUCUGAUCCGUACGACGAGUAUGUGGAGACGCUGAACAAGCUCGGAGCGAACAUGCAGUGCAUCACAUCGGCCGAAGAGAAGCACCGGCAUGAAGCUGAAGAGCUCGAGCUCGCAGCGUCAACAACAUGAUGACUAGUUGCGAUGAUGUUCACGAUGGAAAGCAAGUUUUUUGUUUCGAGGUCAUAGCUUGUAAUUAGCUGAAGUAGCGGAUGGAUGAAUCGACGAGCGGAUCUCCAUAGUACUACUACUGUAGUAGUAGCUCAAUUAGAAUAUUUAGUCGAUGCGCC